AUGGAAAAUCGUUUGUCGACGUUGGAGGAAAAGCUUACGCUAUGGUUCACUAAUAGCGAAGAACGUUCAAGACGUUUGCAGGAAGGAAUCGAACACCGUUUUCGUCAAUCCAAAUCGGUACAAGAAGAUCUGCGAAGGAUUAUUAAUGGAAUGAUUCUGGAUCGAGGUCGAACCGGUGAUAAUGGGGGGUUAGGAGGUUCCAAUGGAGAAUCCAAUGGAACGAAUGGAGGUCCAACUGGUAAUGGAGGCUCAAUCGGAGCUGGUGGUCCGAACGGUGGUGGUUGCGCUGGCAGCGCGGACGGAGGGAUCGUUGGAGGGAAUACGGGAAACAACGAAAAUUUCGUGCGAAAACUGGAGUUACCUCUAUUAUGUCAAGUGGAGUAA